AUGCCAGCUACAAAUAGAAUCAUGAAAGAAUCCCAGAAGUUUGAAAGAAUUGUCACCAAUGGUCUCAAAUUUGGGGCUCACGUACUGACCACCGGUGGGAUAUCCAAUGCUGUCACCAACGCUUAUAACAUUGGAUGCAAUUCAUUUGCCAUGUUUUUGAAAAACCCUCGUCGUUGGGAUGCUGCUGCUUUGAAACCAGAAGAGAUCGAAAAAUUCAAAGAGAAUUGUAAAAAAUACAAUUACGACCCAUUGAAAGAUAUUUUACCUCACGGGCAAUACUUCAUCAACUUAUGUAAUCCAAACAGUGAGGCCCACGAGAAGUCAUACCGUACUUUUCUUGAUGAUUUGAAACGUUGUGAGUCCCUCGGCAUCGGCAAUUACAAUUUACAUCCUGGCUCAGUAUUGAAAGGUGGAGAUCAUGAAAAAGGACUCAAACAAUUAGCAAGUUAUAUCAAUAAAGUACACAAGGAAACCGAAUUUGUGAAAAUUGUGCUUGAAAAUAUGGCUAGUGAUAACGUUGUUGGUUGCAAAUUAGAAGAUUUGAGGGACGUUAUCGAAAUGAUCGAAGAUAAGCUGAGGGUUGGGGUUUGUAUUGAUACCUGCCAUUCGUUUGCCGCGGGGUAUGAUUUAAGAACCGAAGAAAGUUGCAAAGAAUUCUGGGGACACUUUGACGAAGUUAUCGGUUACAAAUAUUUGUCAGGGAUUCAUUUAAAUGAUUCUAAAGGACCAUUGCUUUCUAACAGAGACUUGCACCAAAAUUUGGGGCUCGGAUUUUUGGGAUUGGAAGCAUUUAGAAUAUUUGCAAACAAUAAACUUGAUGCUUUCAAAAAUAUUCCAAUCAUUUUGGAAACUCCUUAUAAUACUGGGGUUGGUGAUGAACAUUAUGGUGAAGAAAUCAAGUUGUUGGAAUGGCUAAAUGGCAAAACGAAUGACGAUGAAGAGUUCAAAGAGAAGGAACAAAAUUUUAGUAACAAAGGGUCUCAAGAAAGAAGUGAGCAGAGUAAGAAAUUUGAAAAAAAGCAAGUGAAAAGGGCGGCUGAUAAGGAGAAAGCAGCAAAAGGAACCAAAAGAGCAAAAAAAGGUGGAAUUGAUUCGUUUCUCAAAAAAAAUUAG